GAGAAGACCAAACAGUCCUACCCCAAGGGGAGCUGCUACUGGAGAUCGAACCAUCUGAGAAAGAAGUUAGAUAUAUUGGUACAAAAUGGAUAAAUUCUGGGGUACAACCAAAUUAGAUGCAUAAAAUUUUAUUCCAUCUUCCGGCAUCAAUGACAUUCCGAUGUAGCAACUCUACGUAUACUUACAGAUGUGAUGUAGCAAGCUGCCAUGCCACCCCACAACCACAUUGCAGGAGUGCCUAUAGCAGGGAUGACUGUACCAGGAGAUCAGAGGAGAAUCUUAUAUCUUCAUAUUAUAAAGCAGAUGAUGAUAUCACACAAGAUACAUAUGAAGAACAUUCCAUUAUCCCAGAUACACCCUCAGCCCUUCACAGCCAAGAUCUGUCAUCUCAUCCUGUUACACCCGUCCUGUCUUCUGAUUCAUCACAGAAUGUUAAGCAAAAUAAUGAAAAGCCAUUUUUUUGUUCCGAAUGUGGGAAAUGUUUUAUUUCGAAAACGCAACUUAUUAACCAUGAUAAAACGCACAUACGUGAGAAACUAUUUCCAAAUCAAGAAUGUAGGAAAUAUUUACCUCAGAAACAGGAUCUACAUCAGAGAACUCAUGCAGGAGAGAAUCUGUUUUCAUGCCCAGAUUGUGGGAAAUAUUUAACUCUGAAAUCAAAUUGUGGCGAACAUCUGAGAACUCACACGGGAAAAAUAACAUUUUCAUGCCAAGAAUGUAAAAAAUGUUUUACUCGGAAACCAGAUCUUAUGCUGUAUCGGAGAACACACAUAGGAGAGAAGCUAUUUUCGUGUCCUGACUGCGGGAAAUGUUUUACUCGGAAAUCAAAUCUUGAGAAACAUAAAAAAAUCCACACAGGAGAGAAGCCAUUUUCAUGUCCAGAAUGUGAGAAAUGUUUUAAUCGGAAAUCGCAUCUAGUUAAUCAUCAAAGAACUCACACAGGGGAGAAGCCAUUUUCGUGUUCACAAUGUGGGAAAUGUUUUACACAGAAAUCUAGUCUUGCCAAACAUCUGAAAGCUCACACGGGUGUAAAGCCAUUUUCGUGUCCGAAAUGUGAGAAAUGUUUUACUGUGAAGUCAAAUCUUUCUAAACAUUUACAAACUCACACAGGGGAGAAGCCAUUUUCAUGCACAGAAUGUAGGAAAUGUUUUACUCAGAAAUCAAACCUUGUUAAACAUCAAAAAACUCACAAGGGGAGAAGCCAAAUCUGUGCACUAAAUGGUGUCGGAAAUACACACAUCAACUAAAUAAACUAAUGCACCCAACGUAGAAAUCCCCAAUUAAAGGGGUACUCCGCUGCUAGACAUUUUAUCCCCUGUUCAAAGCAUAGGGGAUAAGAAGUCUAAUCGCGGGGAUGCCGCUGCUAGGGC